UGUCUUCAAACGGCCCAAACCCUAGUAACUCUCUCGGACACGCCGGACCGUUCUCUAGAGUAUAGGAGAUCCACUCCUCACUUUAGCAGAGAAGUUGCUACUGUCGUUUUUCUGCAACUCUUCAUCACUUCUCGACACAUCGUGUUCCGCUCACGCUUCGCUUCUUCCUUCGAUCUUCGCUUCGGCAUUUCGGACUUGCUCGUUUAGGUUUUCCGUUUGCAGAGUUUGUUAGAUCGCAAAUAUGCAUGCGCCAGUACUUGUUCUCAAGGAUUCGCUGAAACGUGAAUCUGGAAGCAAGGUACAGCAUACUAAUAUCCAGGCUUCAAAGGCUGUGGCUGAUAUAAUUCGUACAACCUUGGGUCCACGAUCUAUGUUGAAGAUGCUCCUUGAUGCUGCUGGAGGGAUUGUCGUUACUAAUGAUGGGAAUGCUAUUUUACGUGAGCUAGAUCUUGCACACCCGGCUGCAAAGUCAAUGAUUGAAUUAAGUCGCACACAAGAUGAAGAAGUUGGAGAUGGAACAACAUCUGUCAUUGUUUUAGCGGGUGAAAUGCUUCAUGUUGCGGAAGCCUUCCUUGACAAGAACUAUCAUUCCACUGUCAUUUGUCGAGCCUACAACAAAGCUCUGGAGGAUGCUAUUGCUGUGCUCGACAGAAUUGCAAUGUCUAUUGAUGUAAACGAUCGGGCAACAAUGUUGAGUCUGGUGAAGAGCUGUAUUGGCACAAAGUUCACAAGUCAAUUUGGUGAUUUGAUUGCCGAUUUAGCAAUUGAUGCCACCACGACGGUUGGUGUUGACCUUGGCCAGGGAAUGCGAGAAGUGGAUAUUAAAAAGUACAUCAAGGUUGAGAAGGUUCCUGGUGGCCAGUUGGAAGAUUCAAGAGUUCUCAAAGGGGUUAUGUUUAACAAAGACGUAGUUGCCCCUGGAAAAAUGAGGAGAAAGAUUGUCAACCCACGUAUCAUUCUUCUUGAUUGCCCCCUUGAGUACAAGAAAGGUGAGAACCAAACAAAUGCGGAAUUGGUUAAAGAGGAAGAUUGGGGAGUCCUUUUGAAAAUGGAAGAAGAAUACAUUGAGAACCUCUGUAUGCAGAUCUUGAAAUUCAAACCGGAUUUGGUAAUUACAGAAAAGGGUCUUAGUGAUCUGGCUUGCCAUUAUCUGAGCAAGGCAGGUGUCAGUGCAAUAAGGAGGUUGAGGAAGACGGACAAUAACAGAAUUGCCAAAGCAUGUGGCGCCGUUAUCGUGAACAGACCAGAAGAACUGCAGGAGUCCGAUGUUGGUACUGGGGCUGGGCUGUUUGAGGUUAAGAAAAUUGGGGAUGAAUUUUUUGCUUUUAUUGUUGAUUGCAAAGAUCCAAAAGCUUGUACCAUACUUUUAAGAGGAGCCAGUAAGGAUCUCCUAAAUGAAGUAGAGAGAAACUUGCAGGAUGCUAUGUCUGUAGCUAGGAACAUACUUAAGAAUCCAAAACUACUUCCGGGAGGUGGUGGUACAGAGUUAACUGUAUCUGCUACUUUGAAGCAAAAGAGUUCAUCUAUCGAAGGCAUAGAAAAGUGGCCUUAUGAAGCUGCGGCAAUAGCUUUUGAGGCUAUACCACGAACUUUGGCACAAAAUUGUGGUGUUAAUGUGAUCCGAACUAUGACUGCCCUACAAGGACAGCAUGCUAAUGGUGAAAACGCUUGGAUUGGCAUUGAUGGAAAUACUGGAUUGAUCGCUGACAUGCAAGAGCGGAAGAUAUGGGAUUCCUAUAAUGUGAAGGCACAAACCUUCAAGACAGCGAUAGAAGCUGCUUGCAUGAUUCUCAGGAUUGAUGACAUUGUUAGUGGGAUCAAGAAGAAGCAGGCCCCUGGAGCGGGCCAAGCACCAAAGCCGAAGGUUGAAACAGAGGCAGAUGCUGAUGGCGAGCAAAUACUUCCCGACUGAGGAUACCAUUGCACUCGGACUGACUCGGCAUUCAGAUAACUGCCAGAAAGGUUUUGUUUGCAUUGUUGGCUUGUUCAUGUGUUUUGUUGGGCUUUUAAUUGCGCACACUUCAGAUUUUGGGAUCUUGGCCAGUUCAGAGUUUUGUUGGUUGCUUAGAACCACCUUUCUAUAAUGGUUGCAGUUGUAUACUAUCCGUAACUUUGUGCAGUUGGGAUGUUUGAAAGCUCUGUUAGUUCAUCAACUCUGAGGAAGAAAUGGCAGUUUCUGUUCUCAGCAGUAGAGGCAUCCGCAUCUCCACACUAACUGCCGUUUCAUUUGAAUUUCUAAUUUUUACAGUUAAUCUAGUAAUAUUCUCACUUGCA